AUGGAGGCCGAGGCCGCUCGCGGAGCCGCAGUGGUGGCUGUUUACAUAAAGGAGUCCUGGUGGCCCACCGAAGACGUCCUACGAACCUCUGAUCCUGCUAGAGAAGGUCUGAUGAAGGUUCAGUCAUUUGGGGAAAGGAUUGUGCUUUUCAUUCUAAACGUCGUUAUUUUUGGAAGAUUGGAGAGAAAUUUGGAUGACGGUGACAUGUUUUUUUUACCUCACUCUGUGAAGGAGCAAGCAAAGAUUCUGUGGCGGGAUGGAUCAGCUGUUGGAUUUUACACAACCAAAAGGAAAGGCAGCCUGUGUGGUGAUGGCACAGGUGUGUGCUACCUGCUGCCUGUCUUCGACACCGUGUUUGUCAGGAGGACGUACCGUCGCCAAGGCCUGGGCAUGGCCAUGCUGCAGGACUUCUGUGAGACAUUCCGAGAGGACGAGGCUCUGGGCGUCAGUUGGCCAAUUUCUCCUGCCAUGUACCAAGUCUGCAGGAAGUUCCUGUUGGCCCAUCCGGAGGAGCGGGGUCGCCUGUGGGAGGUGGAGCCCCCAGGAGCCUGGGGCCAGCGAGGCAGCAUCUGGCUGAAGGUUCAACUGCAGCAGUCAAGACUUCCAGACUGUGAGUCGUAG